GCGGGUUUAGCGCCACUCCGCUGGCUACGGCUGCUCCGAGUGUGCGGUUCUAGGUGGGCUCGCGUUUUCAGGGCAGAGGAGUCUUGCUCAGGAAGCUGCAGGAGGACACAGCUUGGCUGAGGUGGUAUUAGAGCAGCAGGUCCUGAAGUGGCGGACCCAGCUCUGGCAACACCUACCUCCCUGGUGUGCUUUCAGGAAAACUCAUAAGGACCUUUGCAUCUGGAAAGCUGUGUAAAUGCAAUAAUCAGUGCUUCUGUUGGGCUGGGAGGCCGUUUAGGAUGCCGAAAAGGUGGUGAUGUCUCGGGAGACGGAUGUGGAGUGUCAUCAGCCCCAUGGCAGUGCCUCCCCGCAGUCCCAAGGUGGCUUCUCGCAGUCCCACGGUCCCUCCUCACAGCCACACGGCUCCUCUUCACAGUCCCAGGGCACGUCCAGCUCCUCUACCAGCACGGUGCCCACGUCCAGCCAGUCCUCUCACUCCAGCUCGGGUACGCUGAGCUCCUUAGACACAGUGUCCACGCAGGAACUCUAUUCUAUUCCCGAGGACCAAGAACCCGAGGAGCCUGUCCCUGCCCCUUGGGCUCGAUUAUGGGCCCUUCAGGAUGGAUUCUCUAAUCUUGAGUGUGUUAACGACAGCUACUGGUUUGGGAGGGAUAGAAACUGUGAAUACUGCUUUGAUGAGCCCCUGCUGAAAAGAACCGAUAAAUACCGGACUUACAGCAAGAAGCACUUUCGGAUCUUCAGAGAAAUGGGUCCUAAAAGCUCUUACAUCGCAUACAUAGAAGAUCACAGUGGGAAUGGAACCUUUGUAAAUAGAGAGCUUGUAGGGAAAGGAAGACGCCUUCCUUUGAAUAACAAUUCUGAAAUUGCACUUUCAGUAUGGAGUAAUAAAGUUUUCGUAUUUUUUGAUCUGACUGUAGAUGAUCAGUCAGUUUAUCCCAAGGAAUUAAGAGACGAAUACAUCAUGUCAAAAACUCUUGGAAGUGGCGCCUGUGGUGAGGUGAAGCUAGCUUUCGAGAGGAAGACGUGUAAGAAAGUAGCCAUAAAGAUCAUCAGCAAAAGGAAGUUUGCUAUUGGCUCCGAGAGAGAGGCAGAUCCAGCACUCAAUGUUGAAACAGAAAUAGAAAUUUUGAAAAAACUAAAUCAUCCUUGUAUCAUCAAGAUUAAAGACUUUUUUGAUGCAGAAGAUUAUUAUAUUGUUUUGGAAUUGAUGGAAGGAGGAGAGCUGUUUGAUAGGGUGGUGGGAAAUAAGCGCCUGAAAGAAGCUACAUGCAAACUCUAUUUUUACCAGAUGCUCCUGGCUGUGCAGUACCUUCACGAAAAUGGCAUUAUACAUCGGGACUUAAAGCCAGAGAAUGUUCUACUCUCAUCUCAAAAAGAGGACUGCCUUAUAAAGAUUACUGAUUUUGGGCAGUCCAAGAUUUUGGGGGAGACCUCUCUGAUGAGAACCUUAUGUGGUACCCCCACUUACCUGGCUCCUGAGGUUCUUAAUUCUUUUGGGACUGCUGGAUAUAACCGUGCUGUGGACUGCUGGAGUUUAGGAGUUAUUCUUUUCAUUUGCCUUAGUGGGUAUCCACCUUUCUCUGAGCAUAAGACUCACGUGUCACUGAAGGAUCAGAUCACCAGUGGAAAAUACAACUUCAUUCCUGAAGUCUGGGCAGAGGUCUCAGAGAAGGCUCUGGACCUCGUCAAGAAGUUGCUGAUAGUGGAUCCAAAGGCACGUUUUACGACAGAAGAAGCUUUAAGACACCCGUGGCUUCAGGAUGAGGACAUGAAGAGAAAAUUUAAGAAUUUGCUUUUUGAAGAAGAAAAGUCGAUGACUCUGCCCCAGGUUCCCGCCCAGCCUUCCACAAGUCGAAAGCGGCUUCUUGAAGGGGAAGCAGAGGAUGCCGACCCCACAAAGCGCCUGGCUGUGUGUGCUGCUGUCUCGUGAACACCGGUUGACCAUGAAAGAAUUGAACUUUCUUGAACCCUGCUGCCAUGUUCUUUAAAUCUGUUUUGCAUAGUUUGUAUUUUCAUUAUGGGAACAGUUGCUUUUCCACAAUCAUUGAUACACAAUUCAAAAUGUAAUGGAACCUGGGCUUUGUGCUUUUGCUUGUUGAUCAGUUCUUAAUUACACGCCUUUAGUGUGUGCAUAUUUGAAGUUGUGUGCCUUUCCUCUGGUGCCUCUACCUUGGCUGUAACCAGGCAGGUUUCUUAGGAUGUAUCCCUGGGUGAGCUGCAUACAAAUUCUAAAGUUGCAGGGGACGCGGCACAGUG